AUGCCUUCCCUACGCUUUCUUCUUUUUGUUGCUCUUUUGGCAGCCGUUGUGCUAGCCGUCCCGGCUCCCUCCCGCAAGAGGGGUCUCCAGAAACGUUCCUUCAAGGUUCCCAGGCAAUUGAACAAGGCCCAUCCCACUGGCCCCAAUGGUCCUGCUGCCAUGAGGAAGGUAUUUAGGAAAUACAACUUCAAGAUCAAGGAGGACUUUAUGGUCAAGGAUGGCUUCAUCUCCUUCUCCAAGCAAACAAAGGGCAACGACACUGCUACUGCUGCUGCUGCCGGUGGCUCCAGUGGUAACUCGAGUGGAACAGUUGCCGCUAACCCUGCCGACAAUGCCGCCCUGUUCUUGUCCCCCGUCGACAUUGGCGGACAGACCCUCAACUUGGACUUUGAUUCUGGCUCCUCUGAUCUUUGGUGUUUCAGCACCGAGCUUGACCCUCAGCUCAUUGGUCAACACACUGCUUUUGAUCCUGCCAAGUCGGCUACGUUCAAGAAGGUGGACGGUGCUCAAUGGAAAAUUAGCUACGGCGACGGUUCUGGCGCCGCUGGUAUCGUGGGCACAGACACCGUUACCAUUGGAGGUGUCACGGUCAAGAACCAGGCCGUUGAGCUCGCCAACCAGGUCUCCCAAUCGUUUGUUCAAGAUGCCAACACUGACGGCCUUGUCGGCCUUGCCUUCUCCCAACUCAACACGAUCAACGACGGUACCAAGAAGACUCCUCAGAAAACCUUCUUCGCCAAUGUCAUGAACGAUUUGGAUCUGCCUGUCUUUACUGCCGAUCUCGAUCCUGAUGGCACUGGUGUUUACGAGUUUGGCAAAAUUGAUGCCACCAAGUUUGAGGGCGAGAUGGCCUGGAUUCCGGUCAAGGCUGAGACUGGCUUCUGGCAAUUCGGCUCCACCAAGUUUGCCAUCGGUGACCAGUUGUUCGACAACCCACAGGGAUCUGAUGCUAUUGCCGACACUGGUACAUCUCUUCUUCUUGUGGACCAACAGGUUGCCGAUGCAUACUACUCGCAGGUCAAGGGCGCCCAGCUCAAUGCUCAAGUUGGUGGCUUCAUCUUCCCAUGCGCAACUACCCUGCCCGACAUGAGCGUCGCCAUUGGUGACUCGUACAUGGCCAAGAUUCCUGGCAACCAGCUCAUUUUUGCGCCUGUCGACAAGGCAAACACCACCUGCUUCGGUGGUGUACAGGGCAACCAGGGUUCGGGUCUGCAAAUCUAUGGCGACACUAUGUUCAGGGCGCAGUUUGUUGCCUUCAACGGUGGCAACCAGUCGCUCGGUUUUGGUCAGAAGCCGGCUACUCCAUAA